AUGGAGCUCUCCAGGUUCUUCUCUGACGUGGGUCUCCGCCGGAAGUUCACCGCUACUGAACAGCUUGACAACCGUAAAGAAUCCAAUAAGAAAUCUAGAUCGAUCUGGCUGACAGGGGGAAUGCCAAACCCUACCACCUUUCCAAUCCUGGAUGCCACCUUCACCCUUCGCGAUGGACAGAUACUCACUAUCAACAAGGACCUCAUGGCAAGUGCCCUCCAGUACUCUGCAAGCUCUGGGUUUCCUCCGCUGGUGAAGCAGUUGCAGGAGAUGAGUGAAGAGCUUCACCACCCUCCUGGUGGGUGUGAGAGGAGCGUCGCUGUGACUCUUGGCAGCAUCCACGGCCUCUCAAUGGCUUUCACCCAGCUCCUUAAUCCUGGCGACUCCGUCUUACUCCAAGAGCCGUGCUCCAUCGGGGUCGUGAACGCGCUCAACGUAAUCCGUGCUCGCAUCAUACCUGUAACGACCGGUGACCAGGGGCUGGAGCCCAGCCAGCUACGUGAGGCAUUAGCUAAAAGUGCUUCUUGCCCAGCUAAGGUGAUCUAUCUGAAUCCAACCGCAAACAACCCAACUGGGACGACCAUAGACGAGGCCAGUCGGCGUGAGAUCUACUCCAUCGCCUGUGAACAUGACCUCAUCAUUCUUGAAGAUGACCCAUAUUACUUCUUACAUUUCUGUGAGCACCUCUUUAAGAGAGCUUUCUCAGCCUACUAUACCUCCGCAACUCUCCAGAAGGCGCUUCCGAGCUUCCUGGAGUUGGACAUAGAGGGCCGAGUCGUCCGGUUCGACUCCUUCUCGAAGACAGUGAGCGCCGGAUUGCGCAUUGGCUACGUCACGGGACCUAAGCCCCUGAUUGAGAGGAUUGUGAUGGAUGUGAUGUCCACUGUUCUCCACGCCUCUGUUCUCCCUCAGGUGUUGGGAUUGGAGGACUCGCGAGCACUGGUUGAGGAGAAGGCUGCGAGGCGAGGCGUAGUGGCCGUGCCUGGAUGUUGCUUUAUGGUUAAGGAGAAGGACCCUUGCUCUUACCUGAGAGUCUCCUACUCUGUCGUCACACCUGACGAGAUGGAUAAGGCUUUCAAACUUUUGGCUAAGGCUAUACGAGAAGAGACAAUGGAAUCAGAAAAUAUUUAG